AUUUGACUGCCAUUUCGACAGACCCGUUGAAGAAGAAGAAACAGAAAAGAAGAAGAAAGGCACUUGAAACAACUAAACUAAAAUUUCGAGCUAAAUCUAAGAAAUAGCCUGCAAAACAAAUUGGAAAAUACUUGCAUUGAAAAAGAAAAAUAUACAACGCCAGCAAGCGCCAAGUAAAGAAGGCACACAAAUAUAGCGCAAAUAAAAAAAUAAAAAGAUGAUUAAACUUUUCUCGCUGAAACAACAAAAGAAGGAUGGUGACCAAUCGGCACGCGGAGGUCAGCAAAAGAAGGCAUCAGCAGCCCAGCUGCGUAUACAAAAAGAUAUUAAUGAACUGACUCUGCCAAAGACUUGCGCAGUUGAGUUCCCCGAUUCCGAUGAUUUGCUCAAUUUCAAAUUGAUCAUGUCACCGGACGAGGGCUUCUACAGAGAUGGACGCUUCGUGUUCAACUUUCGGGUUGGCUCCAAUUAUCCGCACGAGCCGCCCAAGGUGAAGUGUGGCACGCAGGUGUAUCAUCCCAACAUCGAUCUCGAUGGCAAUGUCUGUUUAAACAUCUUGCGCGAGGACUGGAACCCAGUGUUGACCAUUAACUCCGUUGUCUAUGGCUUGCAAUUUCUCUUUCUGGAGCCUAAUCCAGAGGAUCCGCUGAACAAGGAAGCCGCUGAUGUACUGCAAAGCAAUCGUCGCCAAUUUGAAUACAAUGUGAAGAAGGCAAUGCGUGGCGGUUGCGUUGGCGAAACCUUUUUUGAAUGUUGUCUCAAGUGAUAUAGGAAAUCAAAAGUCUUUAAUUUAAGAAACGGCGUCUGGCUGUUCGCUGCAACCUUGACCGUUGCUGUCAGCGAUCAUUGGACGCGUUUUUAUUAAUAAUUAUACACAACAAACAACACGUACACUAAACAUGCGAAUUUGGGUCUGCAGCAACAGAAACAGUGAGAGCAAACGGCGGCAGCAACAAUAACAACAACUACAACAAGUGCAGCAUCAACUUGUAAAAGCCGCAACAACAGCAAACGAAAUACAAAAGCAACAGCAAUAGAAAACAACAAAUUACCGUAAUAAACAACAAACUGCGUACCGAAUAAA